GAAGGAGGAGAAGGUAGCAUGGGCAAUACUACCACCUUGUCCAGGAGCUGCUCUUGGACCCUGCCCGACAUCACCGAUACUUCCGGAUGAGUGCAGAAGAGAUGGAGACUCUUCUGUUUUUUGUUGGCACAGACCUCACCAAGCAGACGACCAACUACAGGACCCCAAUAGAGCCUAAGCAAAGACUAGCUGUCACUCUAAGGUCACCUGCCAAACACCCUUCCCCAGUGAAAUCCUCUCCAGGGGUGUCCCGUCCUAGUUCUCCCUCUCCUACCAACCCUCUGGACAGUCAUGGAGACACCAGCCAAGAGGGCGCAACAUUCAGACCUCUGUCUCUUCAGGACCACUCUAUCUCAAGGCCCCAGAGGUCAGGCUCAGGUGCCAGAAGCCAGACUCUUCCCAGGGCCAGCUCAGCCACCAGAAGGACAGAGGAGACCCAGGGGGCCAGAGGAGAACGGGGGGCCCUGGUCAACAUGGAACUUCUUGGGUUGCCUAACAUUGGCAACACUUGCUUCCUAAACGCCACCCUGCAGUGCCUCCUGGUCCUGCCUUCCUUCUCAAAGGAAAUCCUACGCCAGGAACAACUCUGGAGCUCCUCCCCCUUCUCCAACCUGCUCAGGUGUCUGUCUGAUGUGCACCGUUCGGGUCUACCUGACAGUGGCGCAAACCAGGCCUCAAAAGCAGACCUCAUGUGGAAGGUCAAGUACUCCUUGUCGGGAUAUGAUUUGAAGUAUCUGGGGGACACGCAACAGGACGCCCACGAGUUACUUGUGAAUAUGCUGUGCCAGCUGAAGGAGGAGGGCAUGAUUCUGAAGACACUCGGGGUGAACUAUACCUGCCCUGUUUCCCAGCUGGAGUUCCAGCUUGUCUCAGUGCGCACAUGUACCAGCUGUGGGCGCGAGUCGUCCACCAGAGAGGACUACAAUCACCUCUCAUUGGACUUCAGCUCUGAGCGCACCUUGCUAAGCAGCCUUGCACUCACUUUCAAAAGAGAAAAGGUUGAAUUCACAUGUGCAGGCUGCAAGGGCCUCCACGCCUCAAAGGUGGAGCAGUUCCACACACUGCCUCUUGUGCUGGUUCUGCAUCUGAAGAGGUUUGGAGGACCUGGGGGGUUGGAGAAGCUGGAGGCUCCUCUUUUGUUUCCUUCGGAGCUGAGGCUCUCCACCUUCUGUGGGGACACGGUGCCACCCCUGCACAGUGCCAACCCACAGGCCCUCACCAACCAGACCCCCAAUAUUCAGGUGUCCAUCCCCCAGACCCUCGCCAGCCAAGUCUCCAACCCACCCGGAGAGGCCAAAGAUAUCGCCCUCUGCUGUUCAGAAGCAGCCAGUGAAGUCAGUGAAUGGCUACUACCAGCUGACUGGCGUAGUCUCUCAUUUGGGAGGCUCCGCAAACUCCGGUGUUUAUUGUUGACGUGGGAACCAUUGUCGGACCGGAUCAUUCGAGGAACUCCGAACCUUGGGAUAAGGCCAUUUGAUAACUGCCUGUGCAUCCUCCCUUGCUGUGGGGAUAGCUUCCACCCACCUGGUGAAACCUAUCCACCAUUACCAACAGGUAUCUUUUCCCUUCCACCUGAUUGUCUUGUCCCAUGUCAGUGAAGUCAAUGCACACAUCCUGGAACAGUGCAUCAGGUACAGGAAAGCUUCCUAUUACCGCUCCCAAUGAGAUUUUGUUGUUGUAGCCUUGGCAGAUGUCACGGCUGUCUGAAACUUCCCUUGUCAUGUCCUGCAUAUGAGGGUGCCACCACAAUAUUUCCAGAGCUUUGGCUACGCUCUUCCAACCCCCAUGCCCUUUGUUGUAUUCUUCUCAUAUCAUUGACCUUAGUAACUUGGUUGGUGCUACCGUCUUUCCAGUGAGUGCUCUCCAGAUGCCUUGGUGAUCUCUUCUGGCUCCAUGCCUAUUCCAAACAGUCUGUUCGUAUACAUCCGCUGCUUCUUGCAGUUGCCUAACUGUAUCCAUUGUUAGUUCUUCCUGUAUUUCUCUUGUCCUUUGUACCAUCUGUUGUGCAGUAUAUCCUCCAGCUUCUUUGGCCGCUUGGUCUGCCCUGUCGUUGUCUUGUCUCACACUGGUGCCUUCUUUACUGUGCCCUUUACAUUUCAUGAUGGCCACAUUCCUUGGCAGCUGUAUCUCUUCAAUUAGUCGUUGCACUUCCUGUUUGUGUUUUAUGGGUUCUUUGAGCUGGUCAGGUAGCCCCUCAUCCAUUGUGGGCCAUCUAUAUGUGCAAUGCCAUGUGCGUAUGCAGAAUCUGUGUAGAUGUUCACUCUUUUCCCUUUGCUCAGUUCCAGAGCUCUGACUUCAGCCAGCUGGGCUGAGGCCUCAGAUGGGUCCAAUCUCUUUGAUUCUACCACCUCGUGUGUUCCUGUCCCUCCUCCUUGCUUCACCACUGCAUAGGAUGCUAUGUUACCUUCUCCUGGUGUCUGUAACAACAACCGUCCGUAAACAGAGUCUCUGCUGUUCCUUCCAACGGGACAUUCUCGAGGUCCAUCCUGACCUUUACUUGUUUUGCUGCCCUGUCCUCACAAAUGUGCGGUUCUCCGUGUCCCAUUCCGUCUGUCAUGUUGGUUGCACCUGUAACAUAGGUAAUGUGUUUUGCUGUGAUCAUUUUUGUGAUGUUUGAUUUUCUUUUGCUGGAGAGUGAACAAUUUUGAGCUAAUAAAAGCUGUUACUCCAUGAUCUGUGUUGAUUUCCAGAGGAUGUCUCAUAACGAUAUGAGAUGUUUUCCCUAUUGCUUUAGACAGAGCAGCAAUGUGUCUCGCACAAUCCGUUUGGCCACAUUCAAUGUUGUCCAGUUGUGCACUGUAACACUGUUCUCUCCCCCUUUUGUUUCUGAUAAAGGAUGGAAUGGACAUAGCCAUCCUGUUCACAAACAUCCAAUCUAAAUGGAAUGGUGUAGUCAGGUAGGGAUAGGGCCUCUGUUUGGGAAAGGGUUUGUUUUAGUGCUAUGAACACAGCUUUGGCAUCCAAGUGAGCUUGGCUGUGAGAUUACGGUUACCAGCCUGUCUGAGAAUGGCUCUGAGGGGUUCAACUUUCAAGCAGUAUUCAGGCACAUGAGUCCUGCUGUACCCAGUGAUGCCCAGAAAGGAUAGCAAGUGUUGCACAUUGAUGGGUUUAGGGUGCUCCAGAAUAGAAGUCCUCUGGGCUGAUGACUCUGCCUGUCCUUGUCCUGAGAGCACCCUCCCCAGGAAUUGUACAGUUCUCCUGCAGCAUUGCCCUUUUUCACGUUUGACCUUAUAUCCUUUAUCUGCCACGUGCUUGAGUAGGAGUUCAGUUGCUCUGUUAGGGUUGCGUAAAUUCGAAUCUGGUAUUAGGAUAAAUAUAACAAUGAGUCACCUUCUGUGACUCAGUUGUGACUGUGACUGUAGCUCAGUUGGUAGAGCAUGGCGCUUGUAACGCCAGGGUAGUGGGUUCGAUCCCCGGGACCACCCAUACGUAGAAUGUAUGCACACAUGACUGUAAGUCGCUUUGGAUAAAAGCGUCUGCUAAAUGGCAUAUAUUAUUAUUAUUACCUAUUUUAUACUAUGUAUCUUUUAUUAGCUAAGUAAUAAAUGGCAAAUGCAACUUUCGUAAAUACGGGCUGGGCUCACUGUAAUACCACGCAGGGCAGAAUAGAGAACUGUAUGUAAACAGUAUUCUUUAUACUGUGAUAGACAUAGGCCAACAGACGGGUUGGAACUAUCACAGUAGAGGCUGGGCGUGGUUUAAACUUGCUCAGCCUAUCGCAGGCGCUCAGGCUGGUCCCCGCCUCUUGGCGCUUCUUGGAGUUCUCCCUCCGUCGAUGUAUAGCUUCUUACUGUUCUGCUAUCACCCCCUAGUUAUAACAGUUGCUCAGUUCCUGCUAUUGUGUUGUUCAGUAUUUUUCUAUCUCAGUUAAACCUUGUGAUGACUACCCCUCCCUAUACCUGAUUAACCACAACUUUGUAAGAUACAGCAAGUCACACCAUGUGCUCAAUAUUGUCACAUACAAACACAAGGACAAAGCAUCUGCUGGGCUGUUAUCUACAGUUUUGCAACAUGCAGCAGUCUCAGCACGUUGCUCAGUUCUUGACACACACACACACACACACAGGAAACUGCUGUUCAAACAAUUCAAUCUUACCUGAUAUAGUAGUGGGUUAUAGAGCAUAGACAUAAAUCCUCACACUUGCACUAUUAUCGUCCAUUCCAUCCAUUUGUCAUUCAUUCAGUGGGCUGGCAUUGUUUGUCGCUGGAUAGAGUCACUGAUAUUUUUGCUUUAUUCUAAAGGCCUACAACAUGUAGCAUGUUUUUGUUUCCCUUACAAUACAUUUGAUUAGUAAUAGAAUCACAGUAAAUAAAACAGUCCUCCUGUAACAGCUUCUUUUUACAAAGUAACAUUUAAAAGAAAAUGGUAUCUGUCACGCCCUUACCUUAGAGAUCCUGUUUAUGUCUGUAAUUUGGUUUAGUCAAGGUGUGUUGGGGUGGGUAUUCUAUACUCUAUUGUUUGUAUUUCUAUGUUUUGGCCGGGUAGGGUUCUCAAUCAGGGACAGCUGUCUAUCGUUGUCUCUGAUUGAGAACCAUACGUAGGUAGCCCUUUUUUACACCUGUCUUGGUGGGUAGUUGACUUUGUUUAGGGCACUGAGCUUCACAGUUUGUUUUUGUAGUGCUAUUUGUUUUUGUUCGGUGUCAUUUUGAUUAAUAAAAUAAAAUAUAUGCUCACUAGGCUGCACCUUGGUCCUCUCCUUUCAACAGCCGUGACAGUAUCAACCUUGCAUGCCAUGCGGUCAAAUUAGUAAAUUGUCAGCGUAGGCAUAACAUCCCAUCAUCCCGAGAUGGCAUAGCAGUUCAGACGUCUUUUGUCCUCGUCUUGUCGUGUCCUGUAUAUAUAUAUAUAUAUAUAUUAUUUACAACUUUUUUCACAUACAUUUUAUUUUUAUU